AUGAUACCCAAUGGCCAUUUCCAUAAGGAUUGGCAAAGGUUUGUCAAAACCUGGUUUAAUCAACCAGCGAGACGUCACCGCAGAAAGCAAAACAGAGUGAAGAAAGCUAAAGCUAUUGCACCACGUCCUGCUGCCGGUCCUUUAAGGCCGAUUGUUCGUUGUCCUACUAUUCGUUAUCAUACUAAGGUUCGUGCAGGACGCGGAUUUACUCUUCGCGAAAUCAGGGCAGCCGGUCUUAGUCCUGCUUUUGCAAGAACCAUUGGCAUUGCAGUGGAUCCUCGCAGACGCAACAAAUCUGUAGAGUCACUCCAAACCAAUGUUCAGAGAAUUAAGGAGUACCGUGCCCGUCUCAUCCUGUUCCCGAAGGGCAAGAAGGUACUGAAGGGUGAAGCGAAUGAAGAAGAACGUAAGUUGGCUACACAGCUCCGUGGCCCCCUGAUGCCAGUGCAGCAGCCAGCACCCAAGUCCAUUGCGCGUGCUAUCACUGAGGAAGAGAAGGACUUCAAAGCUUAUCAAUACCUAAGAGGGGCUCGUUCUAUUGCCAAACUUGUUGGAAUCCGUGCCAAGCGACUGAAGGAUGCGGCUGAAAAUCCUGACGAUGUCACUAAAGCUCCAACUGCUGUCAAAGAAGCUAAGGCUAAGAAGUGA